AUAUUCCGUUCUUACUUUAACUUGAAAAACAGAAUAAUUUUGGAAUCUCAGAAAGAAGUUAUCCAUUAGGCAGAAAAAGGUAACAAUCAUGUAUAAAAAAAUUAUAAUAUAGUACGCACUACUUUUAGUCUUCUUUAUAUUUUUAGUACAACAUCUGACUCUGUCUUUUUCUAAUAAUAAUAUAAGUUAGAUCAUAUCUUAAGUCGUUAAGUAUAUAUAUCUAAUGCCAAUGGUUACAUGAAUAAUGAAAUAUUGGAGUUUGUAGUGAAAAUAUACAUAGAAGUUCUGAUAAUGGAGGGAAAUUUAGAGGCUAAUAGAACUAAUAAAACUCCAUUGCUGGAGGGGUGGAAGCUUAGCAGAAGUGGACGGCUGAGCAGCCGGCGUUUCAGUCGGCGUAACUCUUUUACGUCACUCCGCCAUGAUUUUAUAUUAAGGCUUCCAGAUAAGGUGAUCAAGUCUUGUGCUAUUGAUGCUGAAGCUUCAUCCAUCAUUGAUAAUAUCUCCAAAUCCUCUGACUUAACCAAAGGAGAAAAGGAAUACUAUGAAAGACAGUUUGAGACGUUGAAGUCAUUCGAGGACGUUGAUAUUGCAGUCGCAUCAGAUUCCAUUGAUGAAGAGGAUCUUGAAGAACAAGCUCAACAUGAGAGAGCAAUGACAAUCUCCAAUUAUGCAAAUAUUAUACUUCUGGCUCUUAAGAUCUAUGCCACAGUAAAGAGUGGUUCUUUAGCUGUCGCUGCGUCUACAUUGGAUUCAUUGCUUGAUCUCAUGGCUGGUGGCAUACUAUGGUUCACUCAUCUUGCGAUGAAAAAUAUUAAUGUAUAUAAAUAUCCUAUAGGGAAAUUGAGAGUGCAGCCCGUUGGAAUCAUCGUGUUUGCUGCUAUUAUGGCUACUCUCGGCUUUCAGGUAUUGAUCGAGGCUGUGAAACAACUAGUUGAAAAUAAACCUCCUGAAAAGAUGACUUUGGAUCAGCUUGGAUGGUUAUAUGCAAUCAUGUUAACUGCAACAGUGGUAAAACUUGCCCUGUGGCUUUAUUGCAGAAGCUCGGGAAACGACAUUGUUCGUGCGUAUGCAAAGGAUCACUAUUUCGAUGUGGUUACUAAUGUAGUCGGGUUGAUAGCUGCUGUGCUUGGUGAUAAGUUCUACUGGUGGAUUGAUCCUCUUGGUGCACUUAUCCUGGCUAUUUAUACAAUCACAAAUUGGUCAGCCACUGUGAUAGAGAAUGCAGUGUCACUAGUGGGACAGUCAGCCCCUCCUGAAGUUCUGCAGAAGUUAACAUAUCUUGCUAUGAGGCAUCCUCAAGUGAAGCGUGUUGAUACAGUUCGAGCAUAUACCUUCGGUGUCUUAUACUUUGUUGAGGUUGAUAUUGAACUCCCGGAAGAUUUGCCAUUGAAAGAAGCACAUGUUAUCGGAGAAGACCUACAAAUAAAGCUCGAGAAACUCCCUGAAGUAGAACGUGCAUUUGUUCAUAUUGAUUUUGAAUGUUAUCACAAACCAGAGCACUCUGUCCCCAGUAGGAUUCCCAACAGUGAACCUUAAGUGUGUUUUCAUCAUACAGGAGAAAUUUGAAUGUAAAGAAUAGGAAUUGCCUGAAUUACUUUGAUUGGGAGCUCAACUGCUCCACUUAACCUCUACAGAUACUCUUGGUCAUGCUUGUGGAAUUUGCAUAAUAA